UCACUGAUUCCUGCAGUUGUCGCUCUAGGACUCGCUUUCGUUCUUCUGGCCGGUAGGGUAGCCGAGCAGCGGAAAAUGAUCUGGUACUUCUUGUAUCCUUUUCGAGGAACAACAGCACCUCCGGUCCUCGAUACCAAGCAUCCCCUUCGAAAUGUCUUCACCCGGUUCGGUACCAAUGCUGCCCGACAUCCGGUGUACACCCUUCUCGUCUCCGUCGCUGUCGCCGUGGCACUGAUAUACCCCUUCCCAUUCCUCUAUACGAAUGACUUUGCCAAUGGCGCCUCGAACCUGCCCCAUCACGUAUGGACCUCGGCCACACCAUUGGAGACAAACACUGAUAUGCGCGUGGAUGUGGUAAUGCGAUCAAUAUGGGUACACGGCAGUUAUAUGAAGGCGCUAGAACCAAAGGUCUUGCAAAGUGCGCUUGAGAUACAGGAUGAAAUACUUGGACCUACCUUGGACUUUGAUCCUCGACAGCCACAAGGCGAAGUCGACCCUGAUAAUGUCGCUUCUACCGAAUUCUCACCGACUAUACGAGAUAGUUUCCAUGUUAUAAACGGGUUGAGCAAUUCGUCUUGGUUUUUCCAUUCACCGUUACAAUAUUGGUCGUGUUCAUCCGACAAUAUUUUACAGGAUGAGGAUAUUAUCAAGACGGUAAAUCAGCACUCUCGGCAAGCAACGUCGGUCAAUGUGACCCUCCGACACUCAAUUGUCUUCAGUGGCAAGCGUUUCGAGGGGCACCGACUCGUUGCUGCCGAUGCCCUGAUCAUCACCUUGAUACAUAAGCUCGACUCGCCUGUUGGUAGGCAAUGGGAGCGAAAGGCAGAGGAGAUCGCAUCCAAGAGCUCGAACAAAUGGCGCCUCAUCCCCUCCGAUGGACGGUCGCUACUAAGCACGCUAUAUGAGUUUCGAUUUCAACCCCUCUCGUUUCAGGAUGAUCUCUUCCUUGCGCUUGCUUAUUCUCUCACUACUCUCUACUUUGCUCUGAGCUUGUCAAAACUGCGAGCUCUCAAGUCUCGAUUAGGCCUCAUCCUUGCAGUCAGCACUCAAAUAUUUGUCUCCAUCAUGUCCAGCUUUACGGUCUGUGCCGUGCUCAAAAUUGACUUGUCCAAGAUUCCGAGGGAGGCGUAUCCUCUCGUUGUUCUUGCGAUCGGUCUAGAGAACAUAUUCAGGUACAUCAAUGCCGUUAUCAUGACACCACCAACGAGUUCUACAUCGGCCAGAAUGGGAGAAGCCUUGGGGGAGACAGGGCACGUUGCAUUUGCCGCUUUUGGUCAAAACCUUGUAAUACUGUGGCUGCUCUCCAAAGUGGUAUCUUCUCAAAUAGCAGCAUUCUGCUCUUUUGCGGCAAUUGCUAUUACAUUUGAUUUCUUUUACCUCAUGACGUUCUUCACCGCGGUACUGAGUAUCGACGUACGCCGGACAGAGCUGGGGGACUCCCUAAAGAAAGCCCCUACUCGAAGCGUGCGCCACUAUUCGCCAAACCAGCCAAGAACGACCUGGACAGAUUCGGUGCUACGAGGAGAGGCGCCUAUGUCGACCAGAAUUGCUGGUACUGUUGUGAUGAUAAGCUUCAUUCUCAUCGCGCAGUGGCAUUUUUUUGAAAACGCAAGCUUGGCCCAAACGACCCUUCGCCUUUUGCGAUUUAUCACUUCUCGGCCCCACGAAUCUCCAGUCACUUCUCCCGCUUUACUCUCUGUUGGUAUCAACCAGGCUAGGGCUCAGACGGCAUGGCUGCGGAUGCAGGAUCACGAGACAGCCCACGAGAUUAUCAAGGUGAUCAAACCACAUGGCAAAAGCUACAUCGCCCGCGUCUAUGACCCCUUGAUCUUCGUACUCGAUGGGUCUGAUAGAACGUCAACACAGCUUGGAGUCAGACCUUUCCUACCAGCGGCUUACGAUUUUGUUAGACACCAAUCUGGAGGAUUCCUUACAGCUUUGGUAUUUAUUGUGGGUGCUGUGUCGCUCUUGAUGAACUUCCUACUUUGGAACGAGUUCCCUGAAGGCGAAGAGGACGAAAGACGCGACGAUGGACCAUUAUUAUCAAUUAAAACCUUACCCCGAGGCCAUGUACUCGACGUUAUCCUCUUGACCGCUUCGAACGAAGGCGUCAUUGCAUCUGUGGGUCUGGAUAGAUGGGUACGAAUAUGGGACACUCGCAAGGGCGCUUUCAACUACACUAUCCAGGACCCCGGUUCUAAUAUUAACCCUUUCCCUGUUGUGGCUAUAGCAAUCGACAGCGACUCCAAUUGGUUAGCUCUCCUGUCAGCACAGAACAAGGUCCUCUUAUGGAACAUCCCUGAACGAAGGUGGGGCCCUGUAAUGGAUGUAGAUAUUAAGGGGCGCAAACCAGCAGCAUUCUUUUUUGGCUACCACGAGUCGGAGCUCAUCAACCCCGUUGUGGUUGUCCGAUCGAACGGUAUGAUGACCGAGCUGCAUAUGGAAUCCAACAAGAGCAAUAUAUUGCAGGUCUGCCGCAGUCCGCUAGUCUGUGUUCGACCGCAUUUUGAAAAGCCGACACCUCAAUGUGCUCACCCACCUCCACGUAUAGUCACUUCUUCCAAGCGUGGCUGUGUUCACGUGGGCUCGCUGCUGGACCAGGGCUGGAUUUCCGAAGGCAUUGAGAUUCCGGACCCCGAAGGCGAUACAGAAAUUCUGUCCAUAUUACCAUUACCGGCCCUUAGUUCUUUCCUGACGGUACGCAGCCAUACGAUUGAGCUCAUCGACAUCUUCACGCACAAGGUAACACAUACGUUCGCGACGCAGCCCAUGAAGCACGACUCUCUACGCUGUUUUCACUCCACUCGCAGGAGGCCACAAUGUGGAUCCGUUGGGCUCGCUUAUCUCGCACUUGCUUACACCACUGCUGAUACGGGGUCCCUCAUACUCCAGUCCUACCUUCCAGAACGCGAAGGCGAUACAAUCUGCUUCCGUGACCCCUGGACACCGGGAAGCAAAACAUGCUGCCUGUGGCGAGAGACAGUUGAGAAUCGUUAUGUAGUGGAGAACCCUGGAGAGUGGGAAGCACUGCCGGUGGGCUACAUCGUGGGAGUCCGGAAGCGGGUGAAAGAACAACCCAAGGAAGCUAUCGGCCAUCACACGCAAUCCAUGGGUGGUCUCCGUCGCCGCGGCGUGAAUCUUAAACAAUCAUUUUCGACGGAUGCAAGGCAACCCGAGAAAGAGGAGGAUGAUUCUUGGGAGGUAUGGAGUUUGAAUUCGAGAGGUGACAGGUCAAAUAUCCCUCUUUGCGAUGAGCAGGAAGGCGGAGAUUACCUUCUUGUUAGUAGACUAGGCCCUAUAGUGAAAGUUGGCAAGAGGAGCCUUGCUGUCGCACUGGGUAAUGUCAUUAAGUUGAUCACGGUGGGAAGUGAUAGGUUUGAUGACCAGGAAGCGGGCAAUAAUGAUACCUCAUUUGUGGGCAUGGCUGCUAGCAGCAGGAAAAAGAAGCCUACAGUUCGUUCAGAAAGAAGACCGACAAUUAGUGGGACGGGUGGAAGCAUAUGA